AUGUCAACCAUCACCAACCAAGAAGAAUCUCAGUUAUCAGCUAACAUGAGCAAGACUACAACAGGUAGAUACUCAAAGAAUGGUGAGAGAGACAACUAACCCAAGAUGUCUUCAAGAAUCACAGUUAGAAAUGGUAAGAAGGUUUCAAUGAACUCCACCAUGAUGACUGAAGAUGAGAACCAUCUUGAAGAGGUCAAUGUUGGCUAGUCUAAUCUGCAGUCAGAUUCAAACAUUGAAGCUGAACAACCUCAUUCUUCAGUAAGUGAUGUUAAGGCAAGCUUAUCUAAGCUAAGGUUUGAGGAGCCCAAUGAGGACCAGAGAGAUUAGAGCGAUGCUCAAGGGCAAGAUUAAGCAAAUCAGACCAUGGAUGGCAUUACUAAUUUCUCUUCAAAGAAAUCAUCAAAAAAGAGAUCUCUUUAAGAGAUCUGCAACGAUCAACCAGGAGAAGAACCUCUUUGUGAGAACAGCAGCAAGAGAAAGAGAAACUUUGAUGACAAUAAGCAAGACGCAGAUGAGAAUGUGUUUAUUCCAUCUAGAGUUGCAUCCCUAGUUCCAUCACAGAAUGCCUCAAAAGAGAGGCAAAAUGUUCAGCCAGAGAUCAAGAUCAUAUCUGAUGAAGAUCGUGCCAUUUAGGAGCAAAAUGACUGCAAGCCAGCUCAAAUUGAAAUGGAAGAAGAGCACUAACCUAUCAAUGAAUUUGAGGGAGAAGUUAAAAUUGAUAUCUCUUCAAGCACAAGGGAGGAAGAGAGAUAAUCAUGCUAGGAUGAGGAGAUUCCUGAAGAAAAAGUUCAAUAUGAACAAGUUCAAGAACCAGUUCUCGAGCAAGAAAUGGAUGUUGCAUCUGCUCCAAUUCAACAGUAAGACAUUAUUUAUUCAUAAAUUUAGGGAGGAAGCUAUUGUUGA